CUUCUCCUUCUUCUCUUUCUCUCUCUAACCGUUUUAUGUUUCUCCAUUUCCUAAAUUAUAGUGAGAGAAACUCCCAUUCCCUGCACUCUCUUUCUCUCAUUCUUCUUUAUUAACUAUACACACUCAACUUCUUCCGCCAACACCUUCGUCUGCUCCAGCGCCUUUUUAUUUUUCAGUGUUCAUCAUGGUUCGGAAGAAGAAAACUGAAGCAGCUAGUUCUAGUGGGGGUGAAAGCUCUGAGGGCCAACAGCGCCCUGCAGAAAGGAGUGCUCCACCCCAACAGGCUGCUCCCACCAGUGGGCCUGGGCCACAAGGGGGAGGUAGGAGUUGGGGUCCCCAAGGAGGACGUGGUGGUUAUGGAGGACGUGGCCGUGGAAUGCCUCAACAGCAGUAUGGUGGCCCCCCUGAGUAUCAAGGUAGGGGACGGGGAGGACCUCCCCAGCAAGGGUAUGCUCCACGAGGUGGAUAUGGUGGUGGCCGCGGUGGUGGUGGUGGUGUAGGAGGCGGUCGAGGCGUAGGACCUUCUUAUGGUGGCCCACCACGGCCCCAAGUUCCCGAGCUGCACCAAGCUACCCCCCCAGUUCAGUAUCAAGCGGCUGUGUCUCCUCGGCCUCCUCCCUCUGAGGCUAGUUCCAGUUCAUCCCAGCCACAGGAGAUGCCCCAACUGGAACAGCAAAUGGGGCAUAUAACUCAGACAGAAGCUGCCCCUUCUGGUCCACCAGCUAGCAAGUCAUCCAUGAGGUUUCCCCUUCGCCCUGGGAAGGGUAGCUACGGCACAAAAUGUAUUGUCAAGGCCAACCAUUUCUUUGCUGAGCUGCCAAACAAAGAUCUGCAUCAGUAUGAUGUAACAAUCACUCCAGAAGUUACAUCAAGAGGCGUUAACCGUGCUGUUAUGGAGGAGUUGGUGAGGCUUUACCGAGAAUCCCAUUUGGGGAAGAGACUUCCUGCUUAUGAUGGGCGAAAGAGCCUCUAUACAGCUGGUCCACUGCCUUUCGUGUCAAAGGAGUUUAGGAUCAUGUUAAUUGAUGAAGAUGAUGGAACUGGAGCUCAAAGGAGGGAGAGGGAAUUCAAAGUUGUGAUAAAAUUGGCUGCUCGGGCAGACCUUCACCAUUUAGGGCUCUUUUUGCAAGGGAGACAAACUGAUGCACCUCAGGAAGCAUUGCAGGUUCUCGAUAUUGUGUUGCGUGAACUCCCUACUACCAGGUAUUCUCCUGUAGGAAGAUCAUUUUAUUCACCCGAUCUUGGAAGAAGACAGCCUUUGGGUGAGGGGUUAGAAAGCUGGCGUGGUUUCUAUCAGAGUAUUCGUCCCACACAGAUGGGACUUUCUCUGAACAUUGAUAUGUCUUCCACUGCAUUUAUUGAGCCAUUGCCGGUGAUUGAGUUUGUAACUCAGCUACUGAAUAGGGAUGUAUCCACCCGACCACUGUCAGAUGCUGAUCGUGUGAAGAUCAAAAAAGCUCUCCGUGGUAUCAAGGUUGAAGUAACUCAUCGUGGAAACAUGAGAAGAAAAUAUCGCAUCUCUGGUCUGACUUCCCAGGCUACUAGAGAGUUGACAUUCCCUGUAGACGAGAGGGGAACAAUGAAGUCUGUUGUCGAGUACUUCUCUGAGACCUACGGGUUUCACAUUCAACAUACUCAGUGGCCUUGUUUGCAAGUGGGAAAUACACAGAGGCCAAAUUAUCUGCCAAUGGAGGUUUGCAAGAUUGUAGAAGGGCAGAGGUACUCAAAGAGGUUGAAUGAAAGGCAGAUUACUGCUUUGCUCAAAGUCACAUGCCAACGACCUGUUGAAAGGGAGCGUGACAUAAUGCAGACAGUACAUCACAAUGCCUAUGAUCAAGACCCUUAUGCUAAAGAGUUUGGAAUCAAGAUCAGUGAAAAGCUUGCUCAAGUUGAAGCUCGCAUCCUUCCUCCACCCUGGCUCAAAUAUCAUGAUACAGGUAGAGAAAAGGACUGCCUACCUCAGGUUGGCCAGUGGAAUAUGAUGAAUAAGAAAAUGGUUAAUGGAGGAACAGUCAACCAUUGGUUCUGCAUUAACUUUUCCAGGAAUGUUCAAGAUAGUGUUGCCCGUACAUUUUGUUAUGAGCUCGCUCAGAUGUGUCAAGUAUCUGGCAUGGCAUUCAAUCUGGAUCCAGUAGUUCCCCCAGUUAGUGCUCGUCCUGACCAAGUUGAGAAGGUUCUGAAAACUCGGUAUUAUGAUGCCAAGAACAAGCUGCCUGGAAAGGAUCUUGAUUUGCUUAUUGUUAUCCUGCCUGACAAUAAUGGUUCUCUUUAUGGUGACCUGAAACGAAUAUGUGAGACUGAUCUUGGGCUUGUUUCCCAAUGUUGUUUAACAAAGCAUGUAUACAAAAUGAGCAAGCAGUAUCUUGCAAAUGUUGCUUUGAAAAUUAAUGUUAAGGUUGGUGGAAGGAACACUGUGCUUGUUGACGCCCUUUCGCGGCGUAUUCCCCUUGUUAGUGACAGGCCUACAAUAAUUUUUGGAGCCGAUGUUACUCACCCACACCCUGGAGAGGAUUCAAGCCCAUCUAUUGCAGCUGUUGUGGCUUCCCAAGAUUGGCCUGAGAUUACAAAGUAUGCUGGUUUGGUUUGUGCACAAGCACAUCGACAGGAACUCAUUCAGGAUCUCUUCAAGCAAUGGCAAGAUCCUAAUAGAGGACAGGUCACGGGUGGAAUGAUUAAGGAACUACUCAUAUCUUUCCGGAGAGCAACUGGGCAGAAGCCACAGCGCAUCAUAUUUUACAGGGAUGGUGUGAGUGAGGGUCAAUUUUAUCAAGUCCUAUUGUUUGAGCUUGAUGCUAUUAGAAAGGCCUGUGCAUCUCUUGAGCCCAAUUAUCAGCCUCCUGUGACCUUUGUGGUAGUUCAAAAGCGUCAUCACACUAGGCUUUUUGCCAGCAACCAUCAUGAUCGAAACUCUAUUGAUCGGAGUGGGAAUAUACUGCCCGGUACUGUUGUGGACUCCAAAAUCUGCCACCCAACUGAAUUUGACUUUUAUCUCUGUAGUCAUGCUGGAAUUCAGGGCACUAGUCGUCCAGCUCAUUAUCACGUUUUGUGGGAUGAAAACAAUUUCACAGCUGAUGCUCUUCAGAUGCUUACAAACAACCUGUGCUACACCUAUGCCAGAUGCACCCGUUCUGUUUCAAUUGUGCCUCCUGCAUACUAUGCGCACUUGGCUGCAUUCCGAGCCCGUUUUUACAUGGAGCCCGAGACAUCCGACAGUGGCUCGAUGACAAGUGGUGCUGCUGCAGGUCGCGGUAUGGGUGCAGGACGCAGUACGCGUGCACCUGGUGCCAGUGCUGCUGUGAGGCCCCUGCCAUCCCUCAAGGACAAUGUCAAGAGGGUCAUGUUCUAUUGCUGAGUAACAUUUUAAGGCAAGGACUAUUAUUAUUUCAAGUCAUGUGGAGGACCCCUUCUCUAUGUUUUAUUUGUUUGUUGGUUUUGUUCCGACGUUGUUGAGACAUUGAGAGUGCUGUGUGGUACUUUUAAUUAUAUUGUUGUUGUUUUCUGAAACAUAUGUUGUUGGCAACCCUACCUAUGCUAGACCUUUCUACUUUGGAAUUUGAGCUUGAAAUGGCAGUAAUUUGUUGACUCUUGUCAUGUCGUGGAUUGGCAAGAUCUCUAGCCCUGUUUGGAUA